AUGCAAAAUAAUUAUUUCUCUUAUGCUAGCCAAUAUUACCAUCCAAUUCAUGAAGGAGCUAUGGGUUCUCCUCUUACAUCAAGUGUUGCUAAUUGUUAUGUGUUCUUUUAUGAAAGAAAUAUAGUUAGGCAAAUCAACAAUAGCGGUGAAUUGUAUUUUAGAUAUAUUGAUGAUAUAUUUAUAGCACUUGAUUUGCCUGCUCGACAUCUAUUGAAACAAAUCGAUAAAUGGAAUCAUUUCGACGAAAAUAUCAAAUUAUUCGAAAAUAUUGGUUCAACAGCUAAUUUCCUCGAUCUACAUAUAAAAAGUCAAGAUGGUCAAUUAUUUACUACAGUUUAUCAAAAACCAUCUUAUGAGCCAUAUUAUUUACCAUUCAAAAGUAUUCAUCUAUUACAUAUGAAAAAGAAUAUAAUAUUUACAAUGUUAUUACGAACAAUUAGAUAUUGCUCAUCCUUUCAAGCAUAUUUAAAUGAACGUGAAAAAUUACGAAUGGCAUUAUUAUUAAAUAAAUAUCCGAAUAAGUUCAUAAAUGAACAAUUCAAUAACGUUUUCUUAAAAAUUAAUAUUGAUCAAUUCUCCAAUAAAAGAAAAAUACCAAUCGAUUAUGAAAAGACAAUGGUCACACAUUUUACAUAUUGUUCAAACAUGGAAACAGUCCCAACCAAUUUUCAUAUUCUUUGGGACAAAUAUUUUGGCAAUUCUCCAAUUAAUGAAAUUAUACCAAUACUGGGUACGCGCAAUGUUAAUAAUCUUCAACGACGAUUAGUACAUACAAGAUUAAUAUAA